AGGUUGGACAGCAUUUGGACUUGGAAUGAAACACUAAGAGGUUACAUUCAUGGAAAACCAACAAGAUAAGGCUGUUGUUGCCUCAGCCAGUGGAGAAAACACUCUGAAUAAUGGGGUCAAAGAAAAUGACUCAGAGAACCAGGAUAUGGCAAUGAAGUCAUUUGCAGCUCUAGAGGCUGCUGCACCUGUACAGCCUAUACCCAUGGUUCAAAAAGAGACCCUGAUGUAUCCCAGGGGUCUCUUGCCUCUGCCCUCCAAGAAACCCUGUAUGCAGAGUCCUCCCUCUCCUUUGGACCUGAUUGAAGCACCUGAGCAUGCUGCUAAUAGUGCUUCUGUGAAUGCCAUCUCCCUUACAUCUGGUGUUGGAAAAGGCCUAAACACAUGGUCACUGCCCAAUGAGUGUGAGAAAGCUUCAUUUGCCAUAAUGGAGCCUGCAGGCUUGUCAGCUCUGAAUGGGGACUGCCUCAUGCAGCCAAGCCGGACUUGCUUGGGCUGCUUCAUGGAAUCUAAGGAUACAGUAGAUCCUGAGCCAGGGAUCAGUCUAAAAGUUGGUGAUCUAAAUAGGGAUUAUGAAACUUGUGCAGUCUCUGAUAUAGGGAUUCAGUGUAUUAAUGCUGGAGAAAAUAUGAAAUACGGAGAGCAGCUGCUCUCAGACCAGCUUCUCGGCUUCCCCUUACACAAAUCAAGGGCAGGAGAUAGACGAGAAGUUGAGAAACCUGACAUCGACUUGGAGGAUCCAGCUCAGAAAAGUUAUUAUGAGGCAUUACUGUUAGAUAAGUGCAACACGGAAGAAGCUUUGCUGGCGAAUUCCAAUCAAGAUUGGGGUUACUUUGAGACUUUUAUUAGUGAGAGUAAGAUUGAACUUCUUGACCUAUGUUCUAAGAAUGAGCUGUCUGUCAACCUAUUCUCUGAAGAAGAUGUGGAUAACUACAUGUUUGAUGAUGAUGAGUCAACACUGGGCAGUGAUGUCUGCUCCUUGAAAAUUCGAUAUGAGUCCUUCCAGGACAAUGUCCGAGACAAGACUACCCUUCUGAUGCAGGAGGAUGCACAAUUCAACUUUUUCCCCAGUGUAUUUACUACCUGCUCCAAGCGGGAGUGUAAAAGUGGGGCCCUGAAGCAGAACAGCGAUCUUUCCCAAUUCAAGGUCCCUGAUGUGAGCAUCAUCUGGGGAGAGGAAGAUAAAAAUCUAGACAAAAAGAAAGGCAAAGGAGAAGGGCAGGAAAAUAAAGAUGUAGAGAAAAAUGAUGGAAAGGAAAAUGGAGAAAAAUCUGCCUUAAAUAAACCAUGCAGUGGGACUGAGGAAGGGCAAUUUAAGAAUCCAAAACAAGGCCAUCUUGCCAAUUCCUUGGAGUCAUCAGGGAAUUUCAGUGAUGACAGUUCCUUCAUUGAAGUCUCUUAUGAUGCCAUGGGAGAGAUCAAAGACUGUAGCCGCUAUAUGGCUCGGGAUAAUAAUUCUGGUGGCUCUUCCACCCAGCAGAACUAUGGGCUGCGAGUAAAGAGAAAAGUCAGGUACAGUGAAGAUUAUCUAUAUGAUGUUGACUCACUAGAGGGUGAAAAAGUAAAUGAGAGGAAGGAAUGGAUUCCAGGUGGUUCCAAAGAAGAAGAUGAUGAUGAAUGGUGUCCCAAGAAGAGAAGAAAAGUAACCCGGAAAGAGCCCCCUGUUAUUAUCAAAUACAUCAUCAUCAAUCGCUUUAAAGGUGAGAAGAACAUGCUAGUAAAGUUGGGUAGGGUGGAUGCUAGUGAGACAACAGUGAAUUUGAGUGAGCAUCAGCUAAACAAAUAUGCCAAGCUGGCGCCCUUGAAGGGCUUCUGGCAGAAGAAGAAGAAGCAGAGAAACAGCAGCACAGACUCCAACAAGACACACUUAUGCCCAAAGCAAAUCUUUGAAUCAGGUAGCUUUGAGGUGUCAUUCCUGCCACCUGCUCGCAAACGAAAAUGUAAACUUGGAAACAGGCACAGGAUUCAAAGAAUCCCAUCCAUGGAAACUUCAGCAAGUGCUAAGCAAAUUUCAUUCUACAGUGAUCAGAGGCAAGCUAUUAGUCUUAAAGAAGAUGGAAGCCUGAAAGAUGCACAGAAAUCACCCCCUCUGGCUGCUCCCAGCUGUGCAAAUGGAUCACAUUUAAAUAACAUCACAAGCCCUGACUCAAUGAAAUUCAAAGCCCAAGAUGCAGAAUUUAAGGGGCCAGAGAGGAAAGUGCUCAACAAAAUCAAAUUUAAAAGUGAAGCCAAAUUAAAAUCUAAGAAAAUCAAAGCUGGGCAAGAAAGCAAGCCAGUUGUUCAAAUGAGUCCACUUUUGGAAGACAGAUCCUCCAAGACUAAUUUAAAUAAUGACGCUAUUCCUGGGACCUCAAACAGUUCCCAUCUAUCUGAAUUUUGUGAGGCAAAGGCCUCUAAGAAUUCUACUUUCCUACCAACAACCUGCUCUUCUGAAAUGCCUCUAUCAUCUGCUAAUGUUACCACCAAUAUACCUGUUAUCCCUGGAGGGUAUCUACAGACAUUGUUAGAUGCUUCUGACUUGUCAAAUAAUAGUGCUAUCUCAUACUUCACUCACCAUUCCUCAGAACAAAAUGAAGGCAGCCUCACUCAUACAGAAAAAUCGUUUGUACCUCUCCAACCUGACCAGGACUGUGUGCUUUCCUCACCUUCUGAGUCUGAGCUACAGCAGUCAUCCCAAAACUUCAAAAUAGAAUCAAGCAACUAUGGAAAUAUGUGGCCCAACAAGCCUACUUCUGGUCCCCAGGAAUUCAUAGCUGAAGUCUCAAGGGAGACAGCCCCAACCCAAUCCAGUGAAUUUGGAGUCUCCCAGGUAGUGUCCAUGGAAAAUAACCUCACAGCUGCGACAUACAAUCCAAUCUGCCUCAAUAGCGGUGAUGGUGGUUGCAACAAGGUCCUAUAUACCUCUGUGCAAGACACCCAUCUUCCAUCUGAUGAGUCUUAUCAAUUAUGUCACUUUAAUAAUGGCGAGCUCUGCUUUCCUUUCCAUCAAGACCCAGUCAAUAUAGAUGAUGGUAGACUAUUUACCUUUGAUUCCAUGGCCCCACUCUCUGUCAAUUCAAGCAAUUAUUGCUCCUUACGCUUGAAGUCCUGUGAAAAGGAUGCUGAUGAGGAUAUCACUGAUAACUUUCUGGCCCAUUGUAGCCCCAAGCUGGUGAUCCAGCAGAGCAUUGAUGAAAUAGCACCACUAAAGGAAUCCACUGAUCUCCUGGAUAUCUCCAACUUCACUCCUGACAAAUUCCGCCACUCUUCCCUCUCAGAGAUGUCCCCACCAGACACCCCCAGUAUUUCCCCUCAAAUUACCAGAUGUGACAGUACAAAGACGCUAGGAACACUGAAGGGAUUCCAAGAGGGUGUCCCAGGAUCACUGAGCAAUAUGGACACGAUCAAGUGGGACUGCACUACCCUUCCACAGCAAGUCCAAGUAGAGGAUGGAUUUUCUUUAAAUAGUCAUCAGUUUCAGUUCCAUAUGUUCAAUGAUGAUGAUUCUGUCAGCCUGCUCCAAAAAAACCCUUGCUUAUCAACAUUUGAUGAUCCAUCUGAUAAAAUGAAUGCCAACAACAAAGUGCUGAAAUCAAGAAAGAAAAGUUUUCCCAACAAGAGUGGGUCUGUGAAUCAAAGCUCUUCUCAGAAAAACACCAGGAAAAAAUCCCCCAAAACCACCACCAAAGGGAUUGAAAAGCCAUCUGGUAAAACCUUCCGCCAGAUCCCUAAGUCAAUAAAGAAAGGGAAAUACAUAGCUGGAAUCAAUGGAGAGAAAAUGCAAAUUGGCAUUGGCCAUGAGAGAGGUCAAAUCAACAGCCUAUGCUCCACAGGGAAGACACUAACCGAAUGUAUCCAACAUAGUGGUCUUGGGGCCUCUAUGAAGAUGCCAAAUCAGAAGGGACUUUCUGGAGGUUGGGCUUUGGGUAAAGACAGCAGCCCAGGCUGGAGCAACAUGAGCAUGGGCACCAACACCAACAGCCUCCUAGAUGAUGACCAGCGGGAGUUUCAGGAGCCUUCUUAUAUCUUGUCCAACAUUGCCUCUGGUAUGGCAGAUGUGCAGAGAUUCAUGAUGGCCUCCAUAGAGCCCCUAUGGGAGCCCACACAGCACCAUGGGGACCCCAACAUAUUCUAUUCCCCUGAGUCCAAUAGUCUAAAAUUAAAAACCCUCAAAAUAUUGGCUGGAACACCACAGGAAUCUAAGAAAAAAGUCAACAGUGGGUCACCAGGAGCCACUAAGAAUCACAGGUCUAUCAAGGGUGUGAGUAAAAGCAAUGGGAAAGCAGCAGUAGGUGAUCCUGGUGGUGCACACAUGCCUGGUUAUAAUGAGGACUCUCAAUCUGCCUUCUUUGAUAAAAAGUGUAAUAACCUGAGUACUUUCAGUAAUAAUGGACCAACACACAAAAAGUUAUAUCGUCACAAAUCCAGCACCAAGGCCCUGAGAGAUGAGAAGUGUAAAGGAAAGCGUGUGGAGCGAGAACUGGUCCAAAAGGAUGAGGCUGGGACAGCUUCUUUUGAAAAACUGAGGGAUUCCGACUACAAUCUCCUAAAAGCAGAAACAGCAUUUUGGGUUUUACCUGUAUUUGAAGAAGAGGCUCACAUUUUCCAGAAAGACAUUUGAUGUUUCUAUUUUAUUUCUUUAAAAAUAUACCUUGUGGUAUGUAUGUUGACGUGUAAGUGCUUAAAGAAAAGAAUUUUAAAGUGUGAGAAUAAGUCUUUGAAAGCAAACUUUAAUCUGAUAUUCUUUGUAAAAGACUUUAAAAGUCACACAGUUGCACAAGAAGUUUAUGCACUAUUAACCCAAGGGGGGAAAAGGCAAACAUUGUGCCAAACUACAAACAAGUGACUCUAUUGUAUAUAUUUUUACUUCUGUCAACAUUUGGUUGUGAGUAUUUGGGGAGCUUAUCCCUGUUGAUUUACUAGAAAUAUCCCAGUGAUUCUUGCUAUUAACCACCCCACUUAUGUGGAUAGCACCUAUAGAUCACAGUGGAAACAUAUGUUGUGCUACACAAUUUACCAAAACUUAAAAAUGCUGUUUGAGAUGUGCCAAAUUUUCUUACCUCAUCUCAUAGAUUCACCCCACAGUUUAAAUAUCAUUAAUGGAUUUUUAAGUAUAUUAUAUAUGUGCAUACAUACAUUAUUUAAAAUUUUCAUACUCUACUGUACUAUGUGGAAACAUGAAGAAUUAAGCAUGGCACAAUAAAGGUUUGUUUAUUCCAUUUUUGGAGGGUUAAAAUGUCGGAAAAGUCUGGAAGUGAUAACAGCUAAGUCCAUCAGGGACCCAAGUAUAUACAUUUACAGAAUGUUUUAUAAGGAAACUUUAAAGUUUGUUUUCUAAAAGCAAAAUCUGUAGCUGAAAAUUAUUUAAAGUGCAAAGUUAUAUUGCUCAUACUUUAUAUCUCAGUUUUAUAUAUUUUAUAAUAGUCUGGGAUAAAUUAUAAAAUAGCUAUAAAUCAACACUAAUGGUAAAUUAAGUACAUAGAUUGUUUUUAUUUAAAUAGUUUCCUACAUGUUUUAUUCCAGUUUUGUCAAAAGUGCACUAAUAUCAUGGCUUUAGUUGUUCUCUAAGUGCUUAAUCUUGCAAUGCCAAUGUCAUUUAAAGAAAACAUUAAGACAUCUCAGUACAACUCUUAUGGGUUAUGUGUGUGUGUGUGUGUGUGUGUGUGUGUGUGUGUGUGUGUGUGUGUGAUAAAAUGAACAAUUUGUGGUAAUGAUUAAUUUUGAGGCCAUAUACACUUAGUCUGAGGAUGAAUAGUAUUUGAAGCCACGCACUAUACUUAAAUUUCAAUUUAUAUAUGUUUUUGAAAUCACAUUUUUUAUUCAAUCCUACCCCCCCUUUUUAAAUUUCACAGCUCCAACAUCUCUCACUGCUAGCUUUUUUCUUCCCCUUUAUUUACCACUUUACUUCUAACAUUUGAUCUAUUUUCCUUGCACAGUUGAAGGUCUGUGCAUCUGAUGACGGGUGCAUUAUGGCACAGAUGAGAUAAUGGAUGUGAAAGCGCUUUGUAGAUCAUAAAGUGCUAUACAGAUAUAGGGGAUUAAUAUUAUUAAUGUUGUUGGUUGUUGUUGUUGUUAACCUUACUAUUCUUACUAAUACUGUUACUAACCUAUUAACCUUUAAAUAUAUAGGCUAUGGGUGGGAGGGUGGAGACUAGUGGGUGGGAGAAAGGGGAAUUUAAAAAAGGGGGGAAGAUGUUUAAAAGGAAAUUUUAAGCAAAAUAUGAAUCUACCUAGUUAUUGCCACCUAACAGAGAAGAAACAUUUGAAAGUAGUCAGAAAUGGAAGGAAGCCUGUCACAUGUAUUAAUAUACACACUUCCCAGUCCAUUUAUUUUUUCACCAGCCUGCUCUACUACUUAUAACUAGGUUGCAAAAUGAACAAGCCUGUGUUCUUGAUGGUGUGAUUGUGUGUGUGUGUAGGGAUGAGUGGGUGAGGAGCAUUUUGUGAAGCUGCUUCAGGGCUGGAAAAUUAUUUACUCAAAAGGCACCAGAUGAAACAUGUCUCCUCCUCUACAGCUGCCAUCCAAAAUGGAAAAUAAUCAAACUGGAACACUUUCUUCUAUUUCUCCACUCUGAUAGCUAGCUGUUUGCACUAAAUUCUAUGGCUGGUUCCUAGGAGCUGGUAUUUGUUUUGGUUUUGUGUGUAUGUGUGGUAGUUUUUUAUAUUUUGCAGCUGAAUUUUGGUUUGGAAUCACCAACUCUGCCUAUUUUGUGAACCCCAAGACUUCAGACUUCAAAAUCACCUGCUGGCAAUUAAAUGAAGAAAUGAAUAAAAUGUUCCAUGAGUACAAUGUGUUUUGUAAAAAAUAACUAUGGGAGCAGUUAUAGUUUUUCUCAGUAUCAGUCCAGCUUUUCAAAAGGGGCUAAGCUGUGGUAGAAGGAAAACCUGAAACUGUUGGAAACAAUUUUCUUGUCAGACCUUGCUAUUAGUCCUUUGGAAUAGAUAAUCUUUCAGUUUCUUCUGUGGACCUCAUUAGGGGCCAAUUCUAUGGCAUGGUUCAUCCCUUUCUCUAAAAAGAAUUUCCAUUUAAAGUGUCUUUUUAUCUUUAUUGUUGAGAGUAUUACAGAUGUCCUCCCAUUUUACCACCUUGUCCCCCAACCUCCCCCCCACAGUUCCCAUCCACCCCAUGCCCUCACCACCUUAUUGUCUGUGUCCAUGGGCAAUGCAUAUGUGCAUAUAAAUUGUUUAGUUAAUCUCUUCCCAGCCCCUCCACCCCCUUCCUUCUGAUAUUCGAAUAUCUGUUCCAUGUUUCCAUGACUCUGGUCCUAUUUUAUUCAUUAUUUUAUUGUGUCCACAUGUAAGUGAGAUCAUGUGAUAUUUGUCUUUCUCUGACUGGCUUAUUUUGCUUAGCUUUUUCUUUAAUUUUUUAUAUGCUCUUAUUGAUUUUAGAAAGAGAAGAAGGAAGAGGGGUAGGGGGAAAGAGAAAAACAAACAUCGAUGUGACAGAAACAUCAACUGGCUGUCUCUUGUAGGCCCCCUACUGGGAAUUGAGCUGCAACCUGGGCUUUUGCCCUGAACUGAAAUCUAACUGGCAACCUUUUGGUGCAUGAGACAUCACUCAACCAACUGAGCCACACCAGCCAGGGCUACAGUGCAAUCUUUUAAUCCCCGAAGCCUGCAUUUCCCAUUUUAUGAAUCAAUCAUAUGAGAUCAAGAUGACAUGCCUGGGUAGAGUGGCCAGAUUUAUGCUUAGCUUUUUUUAUUGGCCUACAGUAUAUUAUAUAAUUUUUAAUAUAUGUAAAUUUUAUUAUUAACAUAUAAAUUAGUGACCUGUAACCACUCUGUAUAAAAAUAUAACAAGAAUCCAAGUUGAGAAAUGAGCAAUAGGGCAAGUCAGAAGAUGCUUAUUCUCUUAAUUAUACUUAAUAUCCCACUCAGUACAUGAUGUUCUGUGUUCUUUAGUUUUUAAAGCUUUGUUGAUCCUGUCUCUCCUCUCACAAUUCUUUUAUUUUUUAAUUUUAACUCACAUUUAUUUUUUUUUUCUGUCACAACAUAGUAAACCUGACUUUUUGGAGAUUUCUUAUUCAAUUAGCUGCCAUAGUGGAGUGAGGACCAAUGAUAUAAAAAUAGUGUUUUGCCCUAACACUGGUAUCUCAAGUCAGAUAUAUGAAAUUUUCCUUGGUCUGAAAUUUCUGAUUGCCAUUACCUAUAAACCUCUCCUUUCUGAGAAGCUGCUUCCUAUUAAUGCCUUCCCAAGUUAAUCCCAUUUAACUUUUACUUUCCUGAACAUGGUAUUCACCCUUAUUCUUCUUACUUAAUCUCAGUCCUUGCUUUAGGAUUUUUUUCUUUUAUAUUCUCAUAUUCCACUUCCCCAAAGUGUCAGAAUAUAAGAACCUUAAUCAGGCUACUUCUGGCAGAAGUUCAAAGAACCUUCUCACUCUUAAUUACCUUUAAUUGCUUUUGCCACUUCCAAAUCUAAUUUUAAACAUGGAGAGAGAGAGAGAGAGAGAGAGAGAGAGAGAGAGAGAGAGAGAGAGAGAGAGAGAGAGAGAAUUAUGUCACAUGACUGAGGAACAUUGGAAACUUUUUAUUUGAAAAUCUGUACAAACAGAUCUGAUCCCCUUUCUAACUUGGUUAGGUGCUUGGUUGGACUGUGUGGAGCAGGGUGUUAAAACAGUGGCCUUGACCAAGGUUCUUCAGGACUUUGGGAUUAUGUUUGGGCUUGAACCAAUGGCCUCUCCAGUGUCUCACACUCCACCUUCCUAUGCUUCCUCCCAGCUUUCUCUUCUGACUUCUUGUUACUCUGCAAUUAUGUGUGAAGGCCUUACUGUUUCCUAAAUGUUUUCAAACCUCCUGCACUAUCUUGAGCAUCACUUCUUUAGCCAUCUCCCUGAAGUCCUUGGUGCUAGGUGGGCUUUUGUGACAACUUUCAUCUUCUCUGAACUUUUUCUUUGCUGGGAUACAACUGUAUGUAUGCUGGGGCGAGGGAGGUAAGUGUGUGUAUAACAGAGAAGCAUAAAAGAUGCUUCACAAGCUGUAAUCAGCUCUGGCAUCCUAUGUUCUGCUUUGUGAGGUUCUGCCAUUUUAGUGAGUUUCCGUUUUAGUGGGUUGUUAUCAACAUUUACUUCCUAAAGCAGAAAAACCAUAUCCAAGGACCUUUUAAUCAAGCUUGCUCUUACCAAGUUGAAUCAGUGUGAUGCAGAUUUACCACAUCUGUAAUUUAUAGAUGCUCUCAGAACAGUUCCAAAAAUUGAAGAGAGCUGAGUUUCUGCACUGAAGAGGAGAAUGGAGCACUAGCUUGUCCUAACUAGUACUAGAACUAGAAAUGUUUGUUUUCUCCUGUAUUAUUGAGAAGUUAUCUAAUUUAAGGAGUUUUGUUUUCAUUUAGGGUUUUUAAUGGCUGCCCACUUCUAUAGAAAUAUGACGUUUUUAUGAAAUAAAAAUAAUAUGAGAUUUCUUUUCUAAUCAUAAAUUCAUUAAGCAAAUCAUUACAUGUAGGAGGUUUAGUACCAAAAUCAAACAUUUUAGUAACAAAUAGGGAUCUUGUCAAUAUAAUGUAGGCCAGGAAUUUUGUAAGUGUCUCAAGUACCUGCAUAAAAAUGAAGAAAAAAUUAGCUGGCUGUUUAAACUUGGGAAACACUGUAAUCUGCUUGAGGGUCCUCAGCCAGCAUAGCAUUAUUUUGAUGAUAGUACUCAGGCUAUCAUUUAAGACACAUUUUUUUUUUUACUCAGAGCAUUAAAUAGUAGCUACAGUCAUGAAGCAAAUUCCCCAUUACAGCUACAUGAUACUUGAGAUGUACUCUUGGUUUCAGAAUUAUAACUAAGAGGUUAAACAUUAGAGAAGGACAAUGUAAAAGAGAGAGGCUUAGUACAAAGUUGAAGGUGAAUGAGGCUUUUAAAAUCAGUAUCUGGGUAAAUACAUACUAACAUUAACACUUAUCAACAGGAGAUAAAAAGGAUGUACAUCCUCUAACAGGCUCACUGAUUUCUGAAUCUUAAAAAGACAUGCCCCUCAAAAAGAAAAAAGGAGAUAUUUAAAUCAUUUUGCCUCUUUGAGAGACACCUAGUUUCAUAGCACAAAAAGAAAAGGCUUAGAAUGAAAACUUGAAGAGGCCUUUUGUUUUUGACUCCCAGUGAGGAGUGAGAAAGCUUAAGAUGCUCUACUGGGAUAUAUGUAGCACUGACUAGGGUCUGCUACUUGCAGAGUUUUGAAUGUACUGUCCUUAAUUUAAUUUCCAUAAAACUGAAUGCACCUCUUUAGUAAGUUACUGAUUUAUGGUGCUAAAAACCUAUCAACCCCAUUUUUCUCUUCUCCCAAGCCCCUUACAUAUUUAAGAAAAUUUAAAAUAAAAGUAUUAGAAGCCCUUUUUAUGAAUGUAACCUGAGUUUCUGUUUGAUAUAUGACACUCCAACUUUAAAAAGUUAAGAAAUUAUUUGCCUUUUUUCUUUUAGAGUUGUUUUAUAAUCUGUAGAGUCAAUUGAAGUAUAAAGGUUAAGAAUCAGUCUUAAGACGCCUACAAAAUCUUGUAUAUUUUUAAGUGUGCUAAUUUGUAACAUAUUUUGUAAGUGUAUAUUUUUCUUAGAAAAGUGCUGUGAAGUGUCUGUAUGUGAGAGUUUUCCUUUUGUGCACCAUUAGGUGCUAAUAAAAGGAUAUUUACUUCAAAGUUUCUGGUUUUAGAAACCACAAUACAAAGAAAAAUACACUUUGUUGGAAAUUUUGUAACACAAAACAUGUUGUGAAAGAGUAUAGUGAUCUUGUGCAAAAGAAAAUGAACAUUUGUGAGCUUCUUGCUGUUUUAUAGAUUUUCUUGUAAAUUAUUCUUGUAACACCUCUGGUUUUGUUGUUCUUGUUGAAAAGGUUUUAAAUAUUUGUGACUGAGUGUAUGGUGAAACUGUCAUAAUGUUACCUAGCUGAGUUUUGUUGUUUAUGGAACAAAUAAAAAGAAAAAGUUUAAAAUACUGCUUUAGAAUUAUAUGUAUCAGAAAUCGAACCAUUUCUAAUUAAAUUCUAUGUCCCAAAUAAAAAGUUCUUCAUUGUCUAGAGCAGUGUUUCUCAAACUAUCUAUGGUGAAGUACCAAUGUUUUUUUCUCAAAUCCAUCACAGACUGAUAUUAUCAUGUAACAAAAUAAGAAUGAAUUAUUAAAGUGAAGAGGAAAAUAUAUUCAAAAUACAAGCCCUGAUGUAUUCAAUUCAACGUGUAAAAUUACUUAAAACAAAUGUAGGGGGAAAGAAAAGAAUUGCAAAACUUUGGUAUUCUGUUUGAGACAAGUCCACUGAUUAAUGUCAAAUUGCCAUAGAAGGCUCUAACCCAGUGGUUCCCAAUGUGGGGCAUAUGUUCCACAGGGGGGCAAUUUGAUUUUUAAGGGGGACAAUUCGAGAAUGAGUUAUUAACAGCAAAUUUUUUUGCAUU